GCUCAUAGUUUUUAGAAAUAUCUAGGUGUAUUGUCAUGCCGUCCAUCUAUCAUCUAUUACCUGAAGGCGCCACCCGUCUUCUGACUCUUCACCCACUCCAACCUGAUGGCCGCAUCCGUUGUUCUUUCGGCGUUUAUAAUGUCAACGAUGCAGCUACAACGCCCUCAUACGUUGCGCUGUCUUAUGUCUGGGGGCCCGAAACCCCCACCUUUGAAAUUAUCGUCGACAACGAAGUGAUGACAAUUCGCGAAAAUCUUUAUGCUUUUCUCCUUCAAUGUAUAUCUGAUAGUCUUCUCUGGAUUGAUGCUCUUUGUAUCAAUCAGCAAGAUAAUCGUGAACGAAACCAACAAGUACAACUCAUGGGGAAUAUAUACAAAAGAGCCCAAAUGGUGUGGGCAUGGCUUGGUCCUGCUCGAGAUCCGAAGCUAAGGAGUUCUCUCAUCCGUUUACGAGAAAAUUCCUCCGAGUACUUCGAUAUAAUUGAGCGAAGUCGUAAAGAUCAGUGUGGACCUUACCUCUUCGACGAGCUCGAAACGUUGUCUCGAUGUGAUUAUUGGGAGAGGGCGUGGGUUGUUCAAGAGUUUCUUCUCGCUAAACAGGUUGUACUUGUUUACGGAGAUGUUCAGAUCGACGCUGAACUCAUUGGCAGCCUCAUUUACUACCAAGAGAGAAAUAGCAAGCUUCUUGCUCGUAAGCGCCGUUAUGAGAUUGAAGGCCGUACAAGAGAUUUAUUUGACCCGGGCUCAGACUCGGAUAGUGAUAUUUUCGGUUCUAGUCUAGCCAACCACGGCUCUCUCAUGCAUUCAAUGUGCACACAGCGUGACAACUAUCUUCCACAGGCUGACGUUUCAGAAGAACCAGCCAUAAUCUGGCUAUUGCGAAAUAAUUACAGACGCAUGUGUCGUGAACCACGAGAUAUAAUAUAUUGUCUCCUUAGUCUUGCCUUUCCCGACCAUGAUGGCCAGAAAUACGGCAUCAACGUAGACUACGACGAAGACAUUGCUGCUGUAUUUUGCUCCGUGAUGGAUGGAGUGACGUUGGAAAGCGAUGCUAUAUUUGCAUAUGCAACUGUGCUCAAGCGCAUCUUGAGGCUAGACGUGGAGCUACCCAUUCAGAUAAGAAGCAUUGGAAAUCGGGAGGAAAAGUACAUUAAGGUCAGGGGUUUUAUUGAUGGAGAAGUGGUAGAAGUGCUUUCCCUUGACGAUCAGAUAGCUGAAGACGAACGGAGCCGUGUAAAUUUGGAUAAUAUGAGUCCGUCGGUUGUUGCAUGGCUUAAGGAGUACGAUUCACCCUUCUCAUCGAAAAGGAAGGAUAUGUUCGAGUGGGAGGAAGAAUGGCUUAUUGCUUCAAAGUACCAGGAUGACCAUCUGGUGGAUAACUCUACUCAACAGAAAGUCACCUUCAUAUCUCCUGGAGAUAAUGAUCGUAAUCUCGAAGAUAUGAGUCUCUUACAUCAGCUUUCCACACUUGAGAACCUGCAGCUGAAAAGGCUAGAUGAGAUCUCAAGAUUGAUUCCAGCAUUCAACCUUCGUUCCUUCUCUCCGGAUCAGCACAAUCCCAAUCCACCAAAUGUGAUAGACGUUGAUCCUCCAAGGACGGCUUUGGUCAUUAUGCGGUUCAGGACUAAGGUUAGUUCGAAACAGGAGGAAUACAACAUAGAGACACACUACUUCAAAGCGGACUAUGUACUUGGCCUAAGUCGCGGAAAUGUCUCUGUUGGUGAUAAGAUCUUCAAAUUUCCCUAUUCGCUGCCGGGCGUUGCGCUCUCGCUCUAUAAUCAGCCGGGUAGACAAUUAACAGGAGUGAUGGCAUAUGGUUGCGACGGUAAACAUUUUGGAGGUUCACAUCCUGUUGGGGAUAGAGAUGAAUUUCCUAGUUAUGGGGAGAUGGCUUCGGUCUAUCGGCCUGAUUAUUUAUACGGAAAGAUAAGUGUUAAGAUGAAGGCGGAGGAGAUACUGCAAUUAACUUCAUGAUGAAUUUUGCUGGUACAAGUACCUGGAAUAGGGGGUAAGUAUAGGGACUUGAGGCCUAGAAUGAGAACCCUAAUUGCCUGCUAAAAACCCCCAACAUCACAUAUCCAUAACAUAUCACACAUCGUUUAUUCCAUUAACGGAAUGAUAG